AAGGGCGGAGGGAGCGGGAGAGAGAGAUGGGCUGCGUCAUCUGCCGCCUAAUGGUGGAAGACAAGUUCGAGGUCCGGAGAAGGAAUUCUUGAGAGUUGGGGAAAGGAAGGCAUCCCAGCUUCCCUUCCGCCACCGUUUCUCCUUUUCGUCGUUUCUCUUCGUUCCAAACCUCAGUGACUUCGUUCCAUUCUCGGUUGAAGGGAGCGCGUGAGCUGCGAUUCCAGGACCAAUGGCGAAUUUUCCAGAAUCGUCCACUACCACCUGUGACCACUGUGACAGAGCUAUACCAACUCCCAAUUUUGAACUGCAUUAUGCACACUGUGUGAGAAAUCUUGAAAGAUGUUCCAUCUGUGGAGAUAUGGUACCAAAAAGGCAUGCUGAGGAACAUUAUGCAAGUACACAUGCUCCGGUGGCUUGUUCAUUAUGCAGUGAGAAAGUAGAACGAGAUGUAUUAACUCUUCAUAAAGAUGAAAAAUGCCCACAAAGGAUAGUGAUAUGUGAAUAUUGUGAGUUUCCAUUACCAGCAGUUGAUCUUUUAAAGCAUCAGGAAUUAUGUGGAAAUAGAACAGAGUAUUGUGAAAAUUGCAGAAAGUAUGUUAGAUUGCGGGAAAGAUCAAGUCAUGAAAUCCAAUGCUGUAGCGCCAGCAAUGGUUUAGAUACCGAUGCAGCUGAAUCAUCCAGGGAAGGGAGAGUACCUGCAAGGGAACAAGGUGCUCGUAGGGGACAAGGGCAAGACGCAUCCAAAAGAAGACUUAUUGUUACAAUUGCAAUCACUGGUAUUGCUGUUGUGAUUGGGUCCUUUAUACUCCAAAGAAGAAAUCAAAACCAGCCACCGCAGUAACUCUGGAGUUCCUGUCUAUUGAUUAAUUUCUGUGUUGGUACCUCUUCCUGUUUUCAACCAUGGCGACAAUCUAUAUGGCCUUAAUCGUUUGAGACGAGACUCUGUAUAUGGUAAAUGUUUGUGGAGUUUGAUUAUCUGUUCUCAAGACAACGAGGGCAAGUGUGAAUGCGUAUUCACGACUUGCUUCCGUAGUCUGAACUAACAAGAAUUUGGAAACAGACAAAACUGAAAGCGGAAAUGUGGUGCACAUAUGUACCUAUAGAUGCAUUGGUUCUGCUUUUAAAGGGAUCCAGGCUUUUUUUUCC